AUGGCACCAGUCACCAACGGACGCGUUCUUUUCAACGAAAUCCCAACGGGUUACCCUAUUCCAGGGAAGACGACGGUCUACGAUGCGUCGCAGACUAUCGAUCUCGAGUCGACCGCACUCGACGGCGGCUUCCUGAUCAAAACUCUCGUAGUUUCCAUCGACCCAUACAUGAGGGGAAAGAUGAGGGAUCCAAGUAUCCAAAGUUACACUCCCCCUUUCUUUGUAGGACAACCUCUAGAUAAUUAUGGUGUUGGAGUCAUCCUUCGCUCCGAGGACCCCUUGAUCAAGCCAGGCGAUCACGUCUACGCCUUCGGCUUCCCCUUCCAGCAGUACUUCGUGGCAAAGGACGCGAAGUUGUUCUACAAGAUUCAAAAUGAAGAGAAACUGCCGUUGUCGGCGUAUGUUGGUGUCUGCGGCAUGCCAGGAAAAACUGCUUACCAUGCUUGGAAAGAAUAUGCGCACCCGCAGAAGGGCGAUGUGGUCUUCGUUUCUACAGCAGCUGGACCCGUUGGAGCCACUGUCGCUCAACUUGCUAAAUUUGAGGGUUUGAAAGUGAUUGGAUCGGCGGGCUCGGACGAGAAAGUGGCAUUCCUCAAGUCCAUUGGUGUUGACGUCGCGUUCAAUUACAAGACAGAGAAUACGCUUGAAGUCCUUCAGCGAGAGGGGCCAAUUAACAUCUACUGGGACAAUGUCGGCGGCGAAACGCUCGAGGCGGCCCUCGAGGCGGCUGCUCCUCACGCGCGCUUCAUUGAAUGUGGUAUGAUCUCCAACUACAACAACCAGGGGCCAUACCACAUCAAGAACUUGAUGCAUUUGGUCUCGAAGUCCAUCCAGCUCUCGGGCUUCAUCGUCCUCGAUCUCUUUGCGAAAUACGACGAGGAGUUUUACAAAACUGUUCCAGGGAUGGUUGCUCGUGGAGAAAUCAAAUACCUUGAGGACGCUAAACGUGGACUCGAAGCAGCUGGCGAUGCGAUCUUGGAAGUCCAGUCGGGGAAGAACAAGGGCAAGAGUGUAAUCAUUGUGGCAGAUGAGUGA